AAUACACCAACUCGAAGCGCAAACUCGUCCUAAAUCGUCCACCUCGUUCGCCGAUUAAGAAUUUUCGGUUUUGUAUUGAUCCGCCAAAAGAUAAGUUUAAUGAAACUGACCGUGAGUGAUAAUGUUUAGACACAUACACGAAAUAGUGAGGGCUGAAAUAGUGUGAGUGAAGCACCGACAUGUCGAAGACGUCGACCCGGAUUCCGACGUUUCGGCCCAAGACGCCGCAAAUCAAGCCGAAACCGGCGGAAAUCUCGCAAAAGGACCUGGGGAAGAGGGUCCGCGUGGUGGAGAAGGAGGGAACUCUGCGGUACGUCGGCAACGUGCACUUCUCCACGGGUGUAUGGUGUGGUGUCGAACUCGACUCGACCUUGGGCAAGCACGAUGGCGCCGUUAACGGGGUUCGCUACUUCGCCUGUUCGCAGCGCUGCGGCUUGAUGGCGCCGCUGUGCAAAGUCGCGCUGUUGGAAGGAACCGAAAGUGCUGAAGAUGGGGAUUCUGGGCCUUACAGCAUGCUCUUCAUCGACCACAAAACCGAGCGAGAUUCGUCCGAGGAGUCGAUCGAUGAUCUGAACCGAACCGUCAUCAACGUCAAAGAGCAGAUCAAGCGCACUUUUAGCAAAAACGACGCGGUCUCGAACGACCUGUACGUAGACAAUGGUCAAAAGUUCGACGAUACGGACCAGCAGUCUUACGAGAACUUCUUCAACGAGCUGGGGGUCGAGGUCAAGAGGCGGAAAACCGCGGCGAAGAACGACACCAUCGUCUUAGAGAAACCGUCGUCGCUGCCGCAACUGCGGACGAACCAAACGUUCGAUUUCGGCGUCCUGUCGGCUUUGAGCAAAUUCAGCCACUCGACCCCCGUCCGUGGCGACUUCGAGGAGUCUCUGCUGCGGAAACUGCAACUGACUUCGAACCUGGACGACGACGGGAGCAAACGCGACUCGCUGGAGUUCGAGGAGUCUCUGGGGAUCCUCACCCCGGAGCAGAUGGUCGAUGGGACGAGCUUCAUGUCUGUGAUAAACUCCCGAACGCCUAGCUCCGAAUGCAUUAGAGAGAUCAAGGAGAAGCCGAGCGAGCUCCCAAGCCCCAACCUGGUGGAUGCGAGCGUCACCGACUUCAGCCUCGGGAUCAUCGACGAGCAGCUGAUCAACAACAUGACGCUCAAAACCGACACCACCAUGAACAUGGAGCUGCCUCUGGACCCCGUCGGCAAGGCGGUCACGCUGUCGCGCCCCGAGCAGACGCCCUCGCCCGAGGAGCUGCCUCUGGACCCGACCCCAAUCGUGGAAAGCGACUCCAAGACCGAGCCGACCAAGUCCAAAACUUCCAGCUUUAUUACGAGUAUUACGAGCAUUACUAGUCUGGAUACGGGGUACCAGGGCGAUGGGGAGAUGUCCCGGCCGGCGAGUCGGGGGGCUGAUAACUCGCCCCUGACGCGGCGCCCCCUGCCGAGGCCACAAACGCGCCGGCCGGACCCCAUGACAGACUCCGAUUUUUACACCGAAAGCGAUGCUGAUAACCACGAGGAGAACCCCCUGCGGGGCGACCGACGGGCGCAGGUCAUCGACGGCACCCUCUACGGGGUUGACCCGCAAGCGGCGGCCGACAUUUACGUCAACAACCGGGAGAAUAUGGACUCGAGUGGCAUUUUCACCGACAUUGAGUCCAACCCCAGAAACGAGGAGGACGUCAGGACGACUGAUGUCUCCCCGUCCGACACCUCCACGAAGACCAUUUCGGGGAACAGCCAAAACAACCUCCAGGAGAUUUUGGAAAAAUCCGCAACUGCUGAAGAAGAGGUCGCCAAGGAGAAUCCGAAGAAGAGAAAUGCCCCGAGUCCGGUCGUGUCGAGUCCUGCGAGUGUGCGGUCGCCGAGGCACAAAGAGGAAAAUGCCUCGAAAAAAUUCAAAUUGCCCAAACGCGAGGUUGCCUCCAAAGUCAAGGCGAUGCUUGAGUCGAGUCCUCAAAACACGGAGAAGAAAACUGUGAAAAAACCAGUCGGGCGCUGGGACGCUGUGAUGAAUAAAAUUUCAAAGACUGAACAAAAAACUAAUUUAAAAGACGUCAAGUCCAAAGUGUUUAACAGUGUGAAUGUGGGUCCCGUGCAGAGACAGACAGAAGUGAGGAAACCGGGGCUGAGGCAGCCGUCGAGUGUGAAGUCGCCCAACACCAAAUUGCGCCGGGUGAGGGCCCGGCCCGGAAGUACCGCGUCUCCGAAGAGCAACGUGGAGAGCAGCAUCCACAGCUCUUUGAGCGACUUGAGUGCGUCUGGGACAUUGCCGAAGACUGCUGGGUCGUCCAAGAAACGCGAAGUGGUUCAAGUUACUCAAGUUUUAACCGCUUCGAAGCUACCAAGGCAAGCAUCGCAAAACGAGACUAAGAAGACAACACCAACAACUUCCCUGAGUGAAAACAAACCAAAACGAACCCCGACAAGCCUUAAAGAGAAGAAGCAGCCAUUAAUUAAAGAGUGUGGAAGAGCUACUGUGAAGGGGGGCCGCACGUCGCCCGUAGUCCGGCCCCCCGUUCACACGCGGGCCCCCACGAAGCCUGUCCCCAAAGUGGCCGAAGCCCUUGCAGUCCUCGUCCAACAUCUCGUGUUCAAUGUGGAAGCGUAUCAAGUCCCUGUCCUGAAGAAGCAAGUCCAAAAGCUGCGAAACGAAGCCGAAGAAAUCAGGUUGACGUGUCAGCGCUUGGAGGAAACUCUAGCCGAAGAAAGGGUCGAGAAAAGUCGGCUGAUCGAAGACGAGCGUGUGAAGUGUGCGAAUGAAAUCAGCGAAUUAGUCGAGAAGCAUAGAAAUGAGAUAUUAGAACUGAAUAGCAAACAAUACGAGUUAGAGUCGCGCCUUUGCGAGGAAAACGAGGCAAAUAAGUCGGUUUUAGUCAAGCAGAAUGAGGAAAAACUCGUCACUUUGAAGUUGGAGUUUCAGAAGUUGCAGAAAACGCAUGAAGAGUCCCUGGAUAUCUUACGGGAAGAAAACGAUGCGAUUCGUGAACAGAUCGACGAGAAGAAUGCGCAAAUUGAAGAAAUCAAACACGAGAGUCGCAAACUCAAAGACGAUUACGAAGCCAAAGAGAUGAAGCUCAAGGAACAGCUGCAGAGUGUUAAGAGUGAGAAUCAUAAGUUGAAGAAUGAGUUGGGCAAGGUUGAAGAUAAGUUCGAGGAGAAGUUGAAUGCGGUUAAUGAGGAAAACGCGAGGCUGAGGGAGGAAAACGAAAGGCUGCUUAGCUUCAGUAAUAUCAAGGAUAAGGAAACUAGUAUUCAGGAACUUCAGUCACUCCGAGUGGUCCUAGAAUUGAGACAAAACGAAGUCGCCGAGCUGCGCCGCGCUUUGGCGGAAGCCAAACAAAAGAAUGACAUAUUAUCCGCAGCUGAAGAACGAUCAGCUUCGCUCAGUGCCAGAUGCGAGGAUUUGGAGCUCCAAUUGCAGCGAAAGAACGAACAAGAACUGACCUUAAUUGCCGAAAAUAAGAAGUUAUACGAUAGUUUUAAGGAAGAAAUCAAUCAAAACAAAAGACUGUGUCAACACAACGAAGAACUCAAAUGGAAGCUGAAGCAGAACAAGGAGAUCGUGAGCAAAGUCCUCGAGCAAGCCGCCGAAGAGUCCAGCUUCAACCGCUCCCUGCUGAGCGCAAGCUUCAACGAGCGCCACUCCACCAAGCAAAACUUCGACCGCACUCUCUCCUUUCGCCAAAGCAGCGCGCCGUGGAAGCCGAGAACCGACGACCUGUCCCCGCCCUCCUCCCCGAAGGUGAAGGGCGUGGUCGAGAAGUCCGAUUCGGUGAGCUACGUCCUUGACCUGGACGAGAGCCCCGAGAUCGUGGCGUCGCGCAUCGUGAGGCGGAGCUUCCGCAACUCGACUCCGCCCAAGACCACGCCCACCAAGUCGCCGUCCAACAAGCGGCCCCGGAUGAAGUUCCCCCUGAGUCUGAGCGCGUCGGCGAGCGCGAUUUUGCCCUCGAACAAGGCGGAGUUCGGGCGGUCGCUGUCGGUCCGGAACGGGGACCUGGGGGGCUGGGCCAGCAGCACCCCCAAGCCCCAGGACGACGACCUGGACCUGGACCUGGACGAGGACGAGCUGAAGCUGCCGGCGCUGCCGAGCGAGAUCGGGAGGAAGAACGGGGCCCAGGCGCUGCCGAGCCCCAAGCACCUGGCCGGGGAGGCCAUGAUUUCGGAGAGCAAUUCCGAGGAUGAGAGCACGAGUUCUUCCAGUGUGCAAUUGUGAGACGAACUCUCGUUUUAGUUGCUUACAAACUGCCCUAAUCGUGUGUAAUCAUUGUAAUGUAUUUUAUUAUGUAACUUUUUUGUAAUACUUUUUGUAAGUUUUUUAAAACUACUAUAUUAUAAUUCUUUAUCGAAAAACUCUUUUCUUUCUUGAAUAGGUUGUGAUCUUUUUGUACAUGAUUAGUAGAUAUUACUUAUACACAGUAUUAAUGUUGGGUCGAGAAGCCUUUUUAGUACAAUACUGCUUAUACUUAACUAUGAUUGGAUUGUAUAAUGUGUAUAUUUUUAUGUAUAUGAUGCCCUUUAUUGUUUUUGUUCGUUGUUGCCCUUUCAAGUGUCUAUUAAUAAUUUAUUUAGUGAGUAUAGGUGAGGAAUGGUGAUGUAUGUAUUUUCAAUUGUUAGGACCAACAUAGAUUUCCACUUUUCAUAUUUAUUGUAUAAAGUUGCAAAUGUUCGUUUAUGAUCAAGUUAAUAAUAUUGUACAAUAAAUUUAUUGAACUAAAACCGUGA